AAAAUCGGUCUUGAGAAACGUUGGUUGGUCCCUCUGACCAAUCUUAAGGGAGAAACGGAAGCGCAGGCCCAUAUAAAUGUACUUAAUUGUCAAGACUCGAAGUGCAGUUCCAACUCAUGUGUGAGAAGUGAAAGGUUCAUUCCUGAACUCCUUCAGGGAACCGGCAUCACUUUCCAGACUUGUGAAAUCAACUCAUUUGCAUACAGCCUCCUUUUUUCUCUCUUCUGGUACCCAUUAUUUUGCGAAACAGUGAAAGCGUCAUGAAGAAUACUCAAUUGAUAUCGUUCACUUUGGUGGCGUGGAGCAUUAUUCAAUCAUGUGAAGCUUAUGUGCUACGCGAUGAAAUCCGGGUUUGUGGUGCGAAUCUAGCAAAAUCCUUGAUUAAUGCUUGUCCACAACUUAAAGGCCGCCAAUCUUUCGAGUUGGACAAUUUUCCGAAAGUUUGUUGCACCGCGUUAUGUUCCGAACAAAAACUGGCCUUGAAUUGUGAAAGUUGGUUGCAAUUUUUCAACUCCUUGGAGCGUCGACAAUCUCGCCGGGAAUUGAACCCAAAAAAGGUGUGUGUCAAGAAACAUAACAUAAAGCUACUUCUCAAAAGUCUCACCAAACUCAAGAUACUAACCCGAUCACUCAAAGAGCACUUGCAAACCAUCUUAAAGUUCCGAUCAUCGAAAAGUGACAUGCAACCAAGGUCUUUAGCCGAUAUGAUGAGACCAUUGGGCCAAAGUUUUGAUCCAGUCAAUUUCUUCCCGUCCCGCCGAUCCAACAUGGACAUUUUGACACCCAGAAAUCCAUCAUCACCGGGUUAUCGGAGCAAACGGAGUGAUAGUGUCCCAUACAUCGUGACCCAAGCCCCCUGGGAAUUUAAUUUCGAACCCAUUCCACUAAAUGGAACUUACCGGGAUCGUCUCAUGACCAGUAGUUCACGAGUCUACCAUUUUAACUCAUGAGCUGCUCCAUGGGAGUCUUUAUAUGCUUAACUUUUCAAAUGCUUCAGAACAAUGCCAACCAGUAUUAAUCAAACAUCUGAGAUUUGUCAGCGCAAUCAGCUCUGAGCAAUAUCAUCCUCCAUCCUUCUCAUGGAUCGUCUUGGCUUGGUGAAUGAACGCCAAAAGCUCAUCAGAAUGGACGAUCAAAUAAAUACUUUUAUGUUCAAAGCUCUGGUUGUGGGUUUGAGGAUGGAAAACAACCGGUGAGCCAAAGUAUUCCCUCAUAUGUACAAAAUGUUGACUCACACCUGGUUGAAGGUCCCUGUAAAUGACUGUGACACAUUUAAACAAAAACUGUGCUCCCUUGUUUUGUUUUUGAUGUGUUUGACUCCCAUGUGAAUCCAACAGGUCCAAUAAACGUUUUUUUUUAAA